AUGGGCGGUGGGUGCCGGGCCCGGGCCCCGCCGGCCGCGGGGCUCCGGCUGCUGCUCGCUCACGCCGUGCUGCUCUGCGCCGCCGGGAGCGCCGCCGGCACCGGCUCCGUGAAUCCCUGUUGCUAUUUUCCCUGCCAGAACCAAGGGGUGUGUGUGAGGGUCGGUCUGAGAGGAUACGAGUGCGACUGCACACGGACAGGGUACUACGGGGUCAACUGCACCUCCCCUGAGUUCUGGACACGUCUCCACAACCUGCUGAAGCCCAGUCCUGCCUUCUACCACUUCAUCCUGACCCACUUCAAGUGGUUUUGGGACAUUAUCAACAGCACCUUCAUCAGGGACACACUCAUGAGGCUCGUGCUGACAGUUCGUGCCAACCUCAUCCCCAGCCCCCCCACUUUCAACUCUGACUAUGGCUACAUCAGCUGGGAGGCCUAUGCCAACGUCAGCUAUUACACCCGUGUCCUCCCGCCCGUGCCAGAUGACUGCCCCACACCCAUGGGGACCAAAGGGAAGCUGCAGCUCCCUGACCCCCAGCUCCUGGCGGAGAGGUUUCUGCUGCGGCAGAAGUUUGAAGCUGAUCCCCGAGGCACCAACAUGAUGUUUGCCUUCUUCGCCCAGCAUUUCACCCACCAGUUCUUCAAGACAUCUGGGAAGAUGGGACGUGGCUUCACCAAGGCUCUGGGGCACGGGGUGGACCUGGGACAUCUGUAUGGGGACAACCUGCAGCGGCAGCACCAGCUGCGACUCUUCCGAGAUGGGAAGCUGAAAUUCCAGGUGGUGGAUGGAGAGGUGUACCCGCCCAUGGUUACCGAGGCUCCGGUUCACAUGGUGUACCCAUCGGGCGUGCCCAAGGAGCAGCAGCUGGCAGUGGGGCAGGAGGUGUUUGGGCUGCUGCCAGGGCUCUGUGUCUAUGCCACGCUCUGGCUGCGCGAGCACAACCGUGUCUGUGACCUGCUCAAGCGGGACCAUCCCACCUGGAGCGACGAGCAGCUCUUCCAGACUGCACGGCUCAUCCUCAUUGGGGAGACAAUUAAGAUAGUUGUUGAAGACUAUGUCCAGCACCUCAGUGGAUACUACCUGAGCCUCAAGUUCGACCCCGAGCUGUUGUUUGGAUCACAGUUCCAGUACCGAAAUCGCAUCGCAGUGGAGUUCAACCAGCUCUAUCACUGGCACGGGCUGAUGCCCGACUCCUUCAUCAUCCAGGGACAAGAGUACAGCUACAAGCAGUUCCUCUACAACACCUCCAUGCUCAUGGACUACGGUGUGGAGGCACUGGUGGAGUCCUUUUCCAAGCAGAUAGCGGGAAGGAUUGGUGGGGGACAGACCAUCAACGCCAAUGUCUUGCACGUGGCCGUUGGGGUCAUCAAGGAGUCCCGGCAGCUGAGGCUACAGCCCUUCAACGAGUAUCGGAAAAGGUUUGGCAUGAAGCCCUACAGGUCCUUCCAGGAGCUGACAGGAGAGGAAGAGAAGGCAGCAGAGCUGGAAGAGCUGUAUGGAGACAUUGAUGCUCUGGAGUUUUACCCAGGCUUGUUGCUUGAGAAACCCCAACCCAAUGGCAUUUUUGGGGAAAGCAUGGUGGAGAUUGGAGCUCCAUUUUCCCUGAAGGGGCUUUUUGGCAAUCCCAUCUGCUCCCCAGAGUACUGGAAACCCAGUACAUUUGGUGGAACAACUGGCUUUGAGAUUGUUAAGACAGCAUCCCUCAAGAAGCUCGUGUGCCUCAAUGUGAAGAAGUGCCCGUACGUGGCGUUCUACGUGCCGGACGCUGCGGAACACGGCAGCCCUCGGGCUGGUGGAUCAUCUACAGAGCUCUAG